GUUUUAUACUGAUACAAUCAGCUGUUUUCUAUGCUCCACAAUGAGUUUCAUAAUGAAUUAGAAUCAUUUAUGUCUUCCGAACUAAAAUUCAAUCAUAUUGUUAGAGUUAUUGGUUAAACAAGUGAACACACUAAAACUACAAUUAGGCUAUAUGAAGGGUUAAAUUAAUUAGAGCUAGAAAGAGUUAGAACAGAAACAUUGAUAAAUAUGUAUAGCUACAUUUAUUAAUUACAAUGUUUGUUGCCCAACAAUGGUGGUGUUGUACAUUUUGUACUAAAACUACUUCUGAAAAAAAAAAAACUUAUUUGAGAAAGCAUUAAUGACUGAAAUGUUUUAAAUCUACAUAAUUGCAGUGGUGUUUAACAUCUCUCCACAGAUUGUAAUGAACAAGAAAAAAGUGAAACGGAUAGUAAUGAGCAAAAAAAUAAUACCAAGAAAAACAGACCCCCUAAUACAAUGCAUCAUAGAGAACAAGGCAGAGAGACUUCGCAGAUUAAUAAAAAGCAGAGAUAUUAAUGGAUUGUACCCUUUUGAAGACUGGAAUGAUGAUGUUACACUAUUAACUGCAGCAGUUUUAUGCAGAAAUGAAGAAAUCUGCUCUUAUCUACUCGAAGAGUCAGCUGAUCCAAACAAAUCCUCAACAAAUGGAUACACUCCUCUACAUUAUGCUGCUUUAACAACUGGAGUUCCACUGAGUAUUGUGGAAAGAUUACUUACAGCAAAAGCUAACCCAAAUGGACAUCAAUUACAAUUGUUUACUCCAUUACAAUGUGCGGUUGAUCGUGACCGUGAAGACAUUGUGAAAGCACUUAUAGAGGCUGGAGCUUCACCUGAAACUAACUAUGGAAGAAAUCCAAAGCAUGAUAAAAAAGUGGAGAGAAUGAUUCGUCAACUAUCUUCAUAUAAUGAUGCGUUUGAGAAAGUACAUCUAUUUUUCUCGUUUUCCUGUGCUGUACGAACAAAAAAUCAGACAGAUAUUUUCAGAACAUAUGAAGAACAUUUCCUUAAAGAGCAUCCUUUCAUUCAUACAAUUUUGUUUGAGCACUACUCAUUUAUUAGUAUUGUUGACCAACGUGCAGAGCAGUAUCGUCAGAGCGCCAUCAAGUGGUUAAAAGAGAAAAAGAAAGCAGACGGAUAUAUUGAGGGAGUCAUCAGACGCUUCCCAAGAAUCCCUCUGGAGCACUGGCUAGUUGCACUAAACUCCUUAGAUGAUGCUUUGUGUGUCAGUGAAAACAUAAUUUCUCAGAUAUUCAGUGAUCUUGUGCCAAUCCUAACUAACAGUCUUCAGCACUCUGGAAACACACAAGGAGAAAGAGUCAAUCAUCUGAUACUAAAGAUACUCAGUGUCAUGAUGCAGAAGAUGCCUGAGCAGAAACUGGGACUCAAUCAUUCGGUCUUUGAGAAGUUAUGCAAAAGUCUAUUGCCUCUCACACGUCCUGAUUAUUCAAGUCGAAUUGGAGUUUGGACCUAUGGACUGUUUGUCUACAUAAAUGAUGUCACUCCUGAAGUCGUUGCACUGUGUGGAUUGUCACCCAUCCCAGAGAUGAUACUUAACACUGCUGAGACAGUGAUGGAUGAAGUCAUGAAAAAAAAGCUGCAUAAGUUGGAUGAAUCCCUGAGAAAUCCAGCAGGUUCGAGUGCAGUUGAUAGUUUGUGUGAGGAGACUGCAGCUCUAUCAACAAGCAGCAAGAAGAAAAAGAAGAAGAAGAAGAAAAAAAUCCAGCAAGAGGUGGGAUCACAAGAACGUGAGCGGCAAGAUAAAGAGGAACCGAAUCCAGACACUUUAGUGACAUCCAUUGAGGAAUCAAAUUCAAGUGUGCAGCCGUUCACACAGCCAAAUGAUAUCGCAAGAGAGUGGUGUCCAACCAGCCGUCGUUGGAGGUCCAAGCUUGAGAAGCUAGCUAACAUGAAUAAUAGCAAUAUCAAUGGGCUGGAAAAAUUUACUCUUGUACUCACUGAAGAAUUUCAGAUCGCUAAGGGAAGUGAUGGAACAGAAGUUUUCCUUGGACUGAGGGAUGAUGGCACUGAGGUGGCUGUGAAACGAAUGAUUAAGUCUUACUACCAAGUCCUCAAAAAUGAGGAGAAAUUUCUACGACUUUUUGAUAGUCCCUCUAUUGUGCGAUAUGUGGACUUUGCAAAGGAUAAGGAUUUCGGAUACCUUGUUCUUCAGCUUUGUGAGUACUCACUGGAGGAAUAUAUCCAAAGUCAUUUACCAGAUGACAGCGCUGAGAGAUCUUUUGUUCUGAAGAAGCUGGUGAAGGAAGUUCUUUGCAGCUUACAGGUUUUACACGACCAGCAGAGCAGAGUGGUCCAUCGAGACAUCAAACCCCAGAAUGUCCUGAUUGACAUAAAUGGGAAAGCCAGAUUGGCUGAUUUUGGCAUAAGUCGUCGACUGAACCUCAGCCAAACCACUUUACGAACCAGCAGUGCUGGAACUAGAUGCUGGAAGGCAAAGGAGACCAUAGAUGAGGAGGUCAACAUUGGGUACAAGAGGAGCUCCGACAUUCAGGUCGCUGGGAUGUUAGUGUACUACAUUCUCUCUGGAGGACACCAUCCAUUUGGUAAAGGUGCACGUUGUGAAGUCAACAUUCUAGAAGGAAAAUACUCACUGGAGCAUCUGGAUGAUGAUGUAGCGAAGGAUCUCGUCGAGUGUAUGAUCAAUGAAAAUCCAAACAAGAGACCAACUGUGGAGCAAACCCUCGCACACCCCUUCUUCUGGACUGAUGAAAGGAGAGUGGAGUAUUUGAAAAAGAUGGGGAACCAGAAUGAGACCGAGAACUGUCGUAAUGUUGAUGAGGAGCUCCUUCAAACUGUUGAAAAAUACACAGAGGGGAAAAGCUUUUCUGAAUGGAAAACUAAAUUGCCAUCUGAGCUCAUCCAGAAAUUAGAUGGUAAGAAGAAAGGCUAUCCUGAGAACAUGCUGGGCCUGCUGCGUUUUAUACGCAACCUACACGAGCAUUAUGCAGAGGACACAGAGAGCAUCAGCCUGAUGGCUUCAUUCCCUGAUCUGUUUGGGAGUGUGCUCAGGUUUGCGAAGGAGAGAGGAUGGAACUCCAGAGCCAGUCUGAAAAAGUUCUUCAGCUCAGCUCCACAGAUCUGAUUGUUGUUGUUUUAAUAUAUU